GUGCACCAGAUGGUCCUGGAGCUGCGCUCCAUCAAGUUCUUGGAGCCAUGCAAGCCACGCAUCUCGCACAACCACUUUCUGUUCUGGGACAGCUUCCAGUUGAGCCACCAGAUGUGGUACGUCAAGCUGUGCCACUACCUGCUGGAAGACCAAAGAUUUCCCAGGUGCCUCAUCGAAGCGCUCCGUUCCCCGGUGACCACGCUCAACACGCUGGAGGGCGUGAGCGUGCGCUUCUCGAGCGUCGACGUGCAGAUGCUGUGUGAGCUACUCGGCAACUGCAAGGCUCUUCGGGCGCCCGUCCUCCUCGAGAACUGGAUCGGCGUGCCCGAGACCAAGGAACUGAAGUGCUGAUGCACCGCACGCAGUGCAGCGCCAGAUCCACGUCCACGAGCUGUACACGACGGUCGACUCCUGCCAUGCUCUCGCCGACUUAGUGUCUCGCAGCAUAGUGAUCGAAGAGCUCAUCGUGAGAAACUGGGCCCCAGGUGCGUAGGGCAGGCACCAUGCUUUCACGGCACUGUUCGCCGCGUUGCUGACUAUAGUGUGCGCUGCACCAGGUGGUUCGAGAUCUACAAUUUUGAACUGAACUGAAUGGAUCUCUUCCAGUGCCUUAGCUUGGGCGAUGGCAAAAUUGAAAAGUGCGGCCUUCAAAUACUACUUUUUUUGCUGAUAAUCUGUCUCUUUACGAGAAAUAAUGCACUGAGGGAGUUAAUGAAGAGUAAUCUGCCAGUCUACGAUAAUAUAGCGUUCGCUUCUAUGCUUCGUGAUCAAAAUAUGUCGUAAUGCCCCUUAAGACUAGACGUUCCGAUCAUGCGGUGUCGAAUGCACCCUAUCGUGUGAGUGUAUACUUCCCUAGACGCUGGAGCAUGCAGCUUGAGCUCUCCUAAAAUACGAGUGCGAACGGCAAGCAUCCCAUAUCUCUUCAACCUAACUUGGCAGGCGGUCGUUGUCAAGGAUUCUUGGCAUAUGACUGUGUACUGAUAUCUGCAGAACACAUCUCAGGUUAACUGGAUGUUAAUUGGCUUUUGAUAGCAGCUGUUUCUACCUGAAGCGGUAUAUGUGUACAUGUAUGCGUACAAUGUCUGCAAACCUUGGAAAUAAAUUUGUUUUCUGCAUUCUGUCUUCAGCGCCUAACAAAACCUGGCUGGGCAGUUCUUGGCUGGAGUGCCGUCAUGACUAUCUUCGUAUACAAUCUUAAUACUUGCUUCCGUGAACUUCUUCGAACUACAGCGCACUAUCCAAAGCAGCAAGCUAGCAAGCUACCGGCUGCACUUUCCUUGCUUUAUAACAGCUUGUCGCAUCUUGUUUGAUAUUCAA